CUGGAGCAGCAGCUGCAGGCCGCCGCCGCGCACGCGCGGGGGCGCGCCGCGGCGUCGCGCGCCGCGCUCGUGGGGCGCGCCAGCGCGGCGUCGGCGGCCGGCGACGACGCCGCCGCGCAGCGGUGCCAGCAGGCAUCGCGGGAGGUCGCCGCGGCCGCCGAGGGCCACGCCAGGAGGCGCAAGCGGGCCCGGGACGCCAAGGUCGCGCUGCUGCAGCGCCACGCCGACGGCCGCCGGGAAGCGCUGCGGCUGCUGCUCCACGGCGACCCUGCCGCGCCCGCCGCGGCCGUGUUCGUGCCAGACGGGGCGCCGCCCUUUGCGACGCUGGCGCAGUUGCCCGCCGCGGACGCGGUGGCAGAGGUGUCCAAGGGCGCGGACGGCCUGUUCGAGGCCCUCAGCACGGUGGCGCUGCGGGGCAGCGCCCAAGCGGAGGACGGCGCCCUGCCCGAGGCGGCCGUCGGGGCCUUCCGGGCCGCGUGCAGCGCCCUGGGCGCCUCGCUGAGCGCGCUGGCCGCGCGGCUGCGGCGGGCGGUGGAGGAGGCCCCCGCGGAGGACGCGGCUCUGGAGGCCCUGCUCGACGAAGGCGGGGGCGGCGAGGAGGAGGCGCGCGGUUGGGAGCGGCAGCUCGGCACCGCCGUCCAGGCGCAGCUCGAGCGGCGGCGCGCCUCUGGCGCCGCCGCGGUGCGGCGGGUGGCCUCGGCGCUGCGCCGGCGCGG